CUCGCGGAGCAGCUUCGCCGGGGCGUCGGGCACCACCACGCCGGGCUCUCCACCGAGGACAAGCGGCUGGUGGAGGGCGCGUUCCACCUCUCCGCCCCGCGCCCAUCCCCUCGUUCAUUUGUCAGAGCGUGUUCCCGCGCGCUCCACGCAGGCGUCAACCUCCCGGCGCAUCUCGUCGUCCUCUGCAACACCUGCCGCUACAUCGCGGGCGGCUUCAAAGAGUACUCGCAGAUGGACGUGCUCCAGAUGGCGGGCCGCGCCGGCCGGCCACAGUUCGACACCUCUGGCACGUGCGUCGUGAUGUGCCGCGCCGAGCAGUCCCAAGUCUACCGCAAGAUGCUCGCCGGCGAGUGCACCAUCGAGUCCGAGCUCCAGAAGCAGCUCCCCGCGCACCUGAAUUCGGAGAUCGCCUCGCAGCUCUACAUGAGCAGCACCGAGGCGGCGGCGCAGUGGCUGCGCGCCACGUACCUC